AUGCCGUCUGUUUUCCUGGUAGGCCCUGGCCUGAUCGGUGGAGAAGUGCUCGACCUUCUACUCCAGAACAAACAGUAUGAGAUCACAACGCUCGUGCGCAGAGAAGCCGCCCGUCCAGCCUUCCACGAGCUCGGCGUAAAGACUAUCCUCGGCUCUCUGAGCGACAAAAACGCGAUUGCAUCGCAAGCAGCAGCGAGCGACAUCGUCAUCCACACAGCCACUGCCGACGACUUACCCUCCGUCCAGGCCAUUCUAGAAGGGGUCCGAGAGCGCACCCAGCGCGGGCAGCAAACGGUCUACAUCCACACCAGUGGUGCAAGCCUUCUCGGUGAUAAUUCAGAAGGUUCCCACAAGAACGAUUUUAUCUUCGACGACGCGACCCCGAGCUCCAUCGACGCACUGCCGGACUCUGCAGCCCAUCGAGAAAUCGACCUGGCUAUUGUGAAUGCGCGCAAGGAGCUCUCUUCUCACGCCAAGCUCGGUAUCAUGAUUCCGCCGGUUAUCUACGGUGUCGGCACGCGUGAGAAGCGCCUCUCCAUCCAGCUCCCGACUAUGGUGCGGUACUCGAUCAAACAUGGCUAUCCCGGCAUGGUCGGUGAGGGUCUCUCCGUGUGGAAUCAGGUGCAUGUCAAGGAUCUCGCCCGCGGCUACAUGACUCUGCUCCAUUGGAUGGAACAAGCCUCGUGCAGUGAAGUUGGCCAGAACCCCUAUUUCUUCUGCGAGAAUGGCGAAGAGCUCUCAUGGGGCCAGUGUGCCGCAGAGAUUGGCCGUAUCCUGCAUAGGGCAGGCAAGGUAGCGGAUCCGACCCCUAGGACUAUCCCUGCUGAGAACUACAAUGACCUUUUUGGCGAGUAUUCGGGUCUUGUGGUUGGGUCCAACGCACGGAAUCGUGCUACUCGACUCCGCGAGCUGGGUUGGAUGCCCCAGGAGAAGAACACCUUUGCCUCCUUGGAAGAGGACGAAAUUCCGCUCAUUCUGCAGGAGACGGGGGAAUUCAAGGGUUACGCUGCCCCAGUUGCUUCAGGGACGUUUGAGGGUAAAAGGUAG